AUGUUGAACCGAAAAACAAACCAGCCCGCGGCCCCAGCGGCCCCACCCAAAACCAUCGCCUCCCUCCCCCCCGAUCUCGUCAUCCGCACCUUCACCUUCCUCCCCGUCGCCGACCUCUCCUCCGUCGCCCGCGUCUCCCGCCGUUUCAAAAUCCUCGCGUACAACGAUGAGGUCUACGAGCCGAAGCUCCGCGCACUCCAGGUCGGCACGACCGAGGAGUCUGCCGGCGCGGGGCAGGAUGAUGCGGCGGGGAAGGAGAACGAUGCUUCGGGGUUGGUGGAGCUUUUGUCCACUAGGCUGCGACAGAUGCCGGGUGGUCAUAUGUUGCCGGGGAGCACAAAGUAUCUGGAGACUGGGACGUUGUGGGGGUCUCUGACGGAUAAGGACGAUUCUAUCCAGGAAGAGGGUUCGGACAAACCUGUUGCUGCAGAAGCAGUGACACCAGGACAUGAUCUACCGACGCCAGUGACGCCGUCUUUGGAGAAGGCGGCUGCUAUAGCUAUUCCCGAGGAUGAGGCUGACAUAUCGGUGGAGGCCCCACUUGAAGAUCUUCCUGAGGACGACGAGGCCUCGGCACGACCUUCAACGAAUGCGGAAGUUCCCGCAGCACCGCUGCCAAUAAGCCCCGUGUCCCCACAGCAGCUAUCAAUCACAUCGGCACUGCCGACGUCUCGAUCGUCAAACAUCACAAUUGGGCAGGGAGGCCUGAAGGGUUUAGAGCGGCAGAGUAGCAGAGUCAGCGUCGGCUCCGUCAAACGCGCCCCGCGAUUGAGCACUCAAAACGCACGCGAAAUCUUCAAGCAGAUGUACAUCAACCUUAGCCCAUACUACUACGAUUUCCGCAAGCGACAAAAGGACUCCAAAGUCUUCAAAGACUUCAAGGAUCUCAGUGAAGUCGCGAUGAUUCUCCGAAAGCUGAAACUGUUCUCCGAGGCGCAUUUCGUGCCGAGUUCGGAUGACAUCCAGUUUGCGCUGGACACCACAAUCGAAUGGUUCGAAUCGAUGCUUUUGGGACAGUUCGAGCGCGCGUACGAUGGAAAGAACUUGAAGGAGAUGAAGCGUAACGCCUACGCCGCGUACUUCCUAAACGGCGGCGGGGCCGUCAUCCAGCUGUUCAUCUCAAAGAACCCAGUCUUCUUCGACCCGACAUAUAACCCCGCCCUCAUCAUCAAUAAAGUACCGAUGGCCGGGACCGCCCCGGCCGCCGGUUACACGCUCGCGGACGAUUUUGCCAAAUUCAGCGACUACACCUUGAACAAUUGUCGCGAGCAGGCUCGUGUGAUUGCGCAGGUGUUCCCCGCCCAAGCCGACGCGCUGACGUUGUUUGUUAACAAGGUGUUUGAGGACUCUGUUGCGGAAUACCUGAGCGGGGUAUUGGCUGCUUCGAAGGAGAGGGAAGGGCUUGGGGUGUAUCUCCAUACGCUUGCCACGGGCAUAUAUUGCUGUAUGCAGUUUGCGGAGUUUAUCGCGCAUAACGAUGCGGGCGUGCCCGUGCAGACGGAUAAGUUGAAAGAUGUGGUGAUGGAGAUUUGCAAACCGUAUACGAGCACGUAUAUGAAGCUGGAGCUGGAGCAUAUGAAUGGGAAGUUUCAUAAGGAGCUGAGUAAAUGGGGGAAUAGGAAAGGCGACCCCAAAAAGAAAAAAGCGGCAGGCUUCAUAGCAGACCAAGACAAAGCCGCCGCCCACAAACGCCAAGUAAUGAACACCAUGAAAUCCAUCAUGUUCGCCCCCGUCGCGUUCGGCAAGAUGGUCACGGGGGUCGGCAACCGCGGCGGCGGCGGCAGCAAAGACAAACCGCACCGCGAGUCGCUGCUCGAGAACGCGGAACCCGUCACGCAUCUUCCUGUUGAGCAGGAGGAUAACGUGACGUAUCAUUUGGAUGAUAAUUCGAUCAAUAGUCUGGUUUCGUUGGAGCUGUGUUUGCAUCUGAUGCAUACCAAUAAGGAGGCGUUAGGGAGGGUGCUGGUCAUUACCUCGGCUACGGAUGCGACGAAGAUCCGCCGAAAUGUGGAAAGAGUCUUCUGCGCCCUCCUAGACGUAGUCGGCCCCAACCACAUCAAACCGGCCUUCGACGCCGCCCUCGCGCGCCUUUCCGAUGCCAAACUCGCUGACGCCUCCGAAGAAAAAGCCGUAAACCCCGAAUCCCUCCAAUUCUUCGAACUCGUCCACAUCGCCGACCUCAUUCAGCAAAUGAUUGAGGUGUACUACCAAGAAGACGUCAAAUCGUGGAUAGACGAGUCCGAUUUCCUCUCCGAUAUCGUCACCGAGAAAAAGGCGUUUGAGCGUCUAUUGGAUGAUUGCGUCGCGAGCGGGAUGGAUAAGUCUAUCCAGGUGCUGGUUAACCAGGUCGAGUAUAUUUUGCUCGUGGAGCAGAAACCGACGGACUAUAAUCCGGCGGAGAAGGAUGUCGUGAUGGAUUUGAAGCCGACUAGGGCGUGUUUGAGGGUGAUUGAUACGUUGAAUUCGCAUGCCAAGAUUUUGUAUGGGGUGGCGGAGAAGCAUACCAUGGAAGUGUUCUUUGGAGAGGUUGGCGUGCGGAUAUUCAACGUAAUCUGCAAAAACAUCAAACGCCUCCAAGUCUCCCAAACCGGCGCGAUGCAACUCAUCAUCGACCUCAACACCUUCUACGAAUGGUCCUGCACGCUCAAAGUCAGCUCCGUGAAAAAGAUGUUCGAGGUGCUCAAGGAAGUCGGCAACCUCUUCCUCGCGGACGGUGGCGACGAGCUGCGGAAGCUCGUGCAUGAUCUGCCGAGGUACCAGGGUCAGCUGCGGAUUGAGGAGAUUUAUGAGCUGUUGGCCAGCAGGACGGAUUAUAAGAAGAUUCAAAAGUAUAUGGAGACGAAGGAUUGUGUUAUUCAGUGA